AAACGAACCUGAUAAGAUGCGCAGCCGCGGCGAAGGAGCCAUUGUUCAGACACCAAAACGAAUUGUAUUAAAACCGCCAAUCCCGAUAUUCGACGUCAAAAAGGAUGAAAAUCGCAGACGAUGGGUUGGUUGACCGAUCGUAACAAAGAAUCGAUCGGGGGGAGAGGACGAAAGACGGCGUUGUCCACCGAGGCGCGACUGACGCUGCCUUCCCAGGUACAACACACGAAAUCGGUCUUUGUACGAGUCGGAGGACGGUGGAUCGUUUUGGAAGGAAACGGCGAUGGGAUGCGUGUAAUUAGGAGAUUAAAGAAGAAAAAAAAGAAAAAGGAGAUCAAGAUAGAGAGAAUGAGGGGAGGGGAAAGGGACAAACGAAGGGCAGGAGAAGGAAGGAAGGGAAGGCUAGAGAGUCGAGACUGCCAAAGGAGAGAGACAGAGCAAAGAUAGAGAGGGAUUGAGAAACCGCAAAGGGAGAAAGGAAAAAAGAAAGAGGAAAGAGUAAAAAGAGGGAAGGAAAGAGGAAAGGUUUUUUUUCCCUCCCCUGCUAUUUUUUUUCCAGUAUUUUUUUUUUUUAGGUGGAAAACCGUCGGUUUAGGAUACGGACAACACGCUGUCUUUGGCUUAUGGAGUAAAA